AUGGCCAACUAUUCACCAUACACCGGAUCCACUCCCGGCGAGGAGUACUACUACGCCCGGGAGCGAUUCCAAUCCGCAACACCAACACCCUCCCCCAGGGGAAACUCUUACUACGCAUCAGGCGGCUCGGCCACACCUCAGCGUCCGGCGACGCGCGCGCACUUCCGCAAUGCUAGCACAGGCUACAAUGACUACAGUCCUCGUCCCCCGACGGCAUCGCCUCGGUACACGAGCGAUGGCUACUAUGCCACAGCCAAUGUGAGUAGUGGUCAUCAUUCGCGCAAGGCGUCGUGGGCUACACCCACGCGCCCCAAGAACGAGCGCCGCAGCUCUUACAUUCAUGUCCGGUCAUCCACUCCCCAUGGAGAAUCCGACGAGGACGAGAUCAUCGAGAUCGACGGCCGUACAUAUGUCAUCUCGGCCAAGCAUCAGCAGGCAGAGGGGAGGAGGCUUUUCAAGGAUUCUUACUUUGAUGCGGCUCGAGGACACCCCACUGAUUCCCACUACUACAUGCAGGGAGGAUACUCGUUUCAUGAUCGCGACGCUGCCUAUGAACCCCAGUCCAACCCCCAGCCGCGCGCUCGCCCUACGGCCAACACACACGCCCGCAGGUCUUCCGUCUCGGUGCCCCAGCGCCCCGCCACAGCCCGCCCAGCCAGCUCCCACAAGAAGCCUGCCGCGCCCGCAGCUGCGCCCAAGGCGACGGAGGCCGAUGCCAAGCGCCACCGCAUCCCUCCUGGCUACUCACUGAAGAACUGGGACCCUGCCGAGGAGCCGAUUUUGCUUCUUGGAAGUGUCUUCGACGCUAACUCUUUGGGCAAGUGGAUCUACGACUGGACCGUCUACCACCAUGGUACGGCGACGCCCAUCGCUGAUGUGGCUGGUGAGCUUUGGCUUCUUCUGAUUCAACUGGCCGGCAAGAUCAAGCGCGCCGACGAGGUCGUCGAGCGCAUCCGCAGUGCCGAAAACAAGGACCUGGUUGAGGAUUUCAUCGACUCGGGUGAGCGUCUGCAGGACAAGCUGCGCAAACUGCUGAAGACUUGCGAGCAGCCCAUGCUCAAAGCCAGCUCGAAGAAGAGCUCCCUCGGCAAGAAUGCCGGUGUCGAGUUUGUCGAGACUCUCUUCGGCCGUGAGCGUGAGCUCGACCGGACAGAGCGUUUCAUGCAGGGCAAAUCCUCCCGGAACCCUACGAAAUAG